AUCCACUCCUUCUUCCCGGCCAUCAUCUCCUCUCCUCCUUGCCCAGCAUGAGUGCCGCUCCUCUCACGCCACAGCACGUCUUUGCGCCCAACCCCAGCACCACGCGCGCGACGGCCACGCCUCUCUCCUCGCACGGCACGCGUCUCGUCUACACGAGCGGCCGCAGCGUCGUGCUGCGCGACCUCGCCUCGCCGACCGCCACGCUGCUCUACGCACAGCAUGCGCACGCCGUCAGCGUGGCGCGCAUCUCGCCCAGCGGCUACUACUGCGCCAGCGGCGACGUGGCGGGCAACGUGCGCGUGUGGGACCUCGCGGGCGGCGACAUGGUGCUGAAGCUCGAGAAGAAGGCGCCGGGCCCCGUGCGCGACAUUGCCUGGGACGCAGAGAGCAAGCGCAUCGCGGCCGUCGGCGACGGCAAGGAGAGCUUCGGCACCUUCUUCCUCGCCGACUCGGGCUCCUCGUGCGGCGAAGUCACGGGCCACUCCAAGGUGCUCAAUGCCGUCGCCAUCAAGCCGCAGCGUCCCUUCAAGGCCGUCACGGCCGGCGACGAUUGCUCGGUCGUCUUCUACAACGGCGUGCCAUUCAAGUAUGGCGCUUCCACGUCGGCACACACGCGCUUCAUCCAAACGCUCGCAUAUGCGCCCAGCGGCGCUCUCUUUGCAUCCGGCGGCUCAGACGGCAAGAUCCAGCUGUACGACGGCACGACUGGCGCACUGACUACGACGCUGCAAGACGGCGCUGCGGGCCAAGCACACGCCGGCACCGUUUUUGCCGUGUCCUUCUCGUCGGACAGCUCUCUGCUACUUUCCGCCGGCGCAGACGCCGCACUGCGGCUGUGGGAUGUGGGCUCGCAGCAGGUCAAGCAGACGUUCGACCUCAAGAACAAGAGCGGAGGAGGCGCAAACGACCAGCUCGUCGGCGCUUGCUUCGUCGGCACUGACCGCGUUGUGGCGCUAGCACUCAGUGGCGCUCUGCACGUGCUUGACAUUGCCGGAGGCGGCGCCACGGUGCUGCAUGGGCCCACCAAGGCAGUGGGGCCCAGUGCACUGGCGCUCGUUGAUGGCGCCUUCCUGCUUGGCUCUUACGACGGCAAGGUGCUCACCACGAGCCUAGACGGUGCCUGCAAGCUCGUGCAGGAUGCGGGCGCCGCCAUCACGGGCAUGGCGCAGGCGAGCCGCAGCAGUGCAUGGGUCAUCGGCAUGGACGACUCGGUGCGGCGCUUCGUCUCGGGUGCUUUCGAGCACACGCUCUUCAGCUCCACGUCCGUGUCCACGUCUGGCCAAGCGCGCUCCGUCGCUGGCUCCGACAGCGUCGCGCUCGUUGCCACCUCGCAGGGGCUCGAUGUGAUCCACGGCUCCUCCAAGACGUCGCAUGCGCUCAGCAUCGACGCCACAGCCGUCGCCCUCUCUCCCGACGGCGUCACGGCGGCCGUGGGCGCCGAGAAUGGCAAGGUGCUGCUGGGCUCCAUCAGCGGCGGCAAGUGGACGCCAAGCACGACGUUUGAGAAUGGCCGGCGUGCAGUCAGUGCACUGGCCUUCUCGCCCGACGGCGCGCUGCUGGCGGCGGGAGAGACGGGCGGACGCAUCAUGGUGUACGACGUCAAGGCCGGCAACCUGAAGCUGAACCAGUGGGUCAACCACACGGGCCGCAUCAACGCGCUCGCCUUCUCGCCGGACGGCCAGCGUGCCGUGAGCGCAGCAGGCGACACGAACGUGUACGUCUGGAGCGUGGCGAAGCCCAUGAAGCACGUGGCCAUUCGCAAUGCGCAUGCCGGCGGAGCCACGGGCGCCCUCUGGCUCGACGGCGCCGCCAUCGCGACGGCGGGCGCCGAUGCGGCACUCAAGACGUUCGAGGUGCCGGCACUGCCAUGA